UUUGAUCCAUAAUAAUUCACUUUGUCACAUCAUCAUACUCAUAAUACUUAUGAUGUCUGUCCUAGGUGUUCUUUUCUCUCACAACAACUUUCCCAAAUCACAGGCUUAACUCCACAUCCACAUGUUCACAACAUGGUUACUUUGUUCAUGUUGUUUUAGAAUGCUUAUUGGGGCAAUAAAACAAACACUUUCUGGGGUACUUGUUUGAUCCUGAGAUAGAUUUAGGUUGGUGUGUUAUUAUGUCUGCUUAUGGCCAUCAAAUGGAACAUGCUUAUUCUACAAGGAGUCUCUCUGCUGCUUCUGAGAUGAGGAGCAGUUUUAUGUUAGAAUCGGGAUUCUAUAUCACAUCAUUUUCUGCAACAAUCUUCAUUGCUGGAUUUGCAGCUCUUGGACUUUUAUUAAUCACUCUGUUGGUUUCAAUGGCAAUGAUGCUACAAUCUUGUCAAAAUAACAGUGCAGGAAUUGUUGAGCUUAGGAAUAUAAACGAUGACUAUAGUUAUUGCAAAAUGCAUUCUCUGUAUGCUAAGCUCAAUCAUUUGGAAGAACAUAAUGUUCCUGAAAUUUGUAAGGACCUGGCUGUACAGUAUGUCAAAGGUGGUCAAUAUGCUAGGGAUUUGGAUUUAACCAAAUCUGUGGUUGAGGAUUACUUCAAUGGUGUUAAACCAUCAAAGGAGGGUUUUGAUGUGGUGUUGAUUGACAUAGAUGGCAUUUUUCAAUUGAGUCCUCAUUCUUCCGAUUUGUUUCAAAGCAUUAGCAAUUGUAUCUUAGAGGCAAAAAAUUUAAAGCGCAUGGCUGUGUUAAGAUUAUACAUGAACCUUCAAGCUAGUGGUUGGCCUAUAACUUUGUUAUCAAGAGAGCCAGAAAAAGACCAAAAUGUCACCAUCAAUCAUCUUGUCUCUGCUGGAUUUAGAGGGUGGUCUUCAUUGAUGAUGAGAGAAGGUGAAGAUUCUACCAAAAUGAAUGAGUAUAUUUCCAGGCAAAGGAAUGUGAUACAAACAAAGGGCUUCCGAAUAAUAAGUAUCAUAAGCAGUCAUGUGGAUAUUUUGAGUGUUGCAGACGAAGAUGCAGGAACGCGCAAGUUUUUGCUACCAGACCCUAUAUGUGACAUGUUUGAGCAUCAAAGAAAAUCAUAGAUGCUGAAUAUUUGUUUCAUCCUAUAGGAUUACGGAGUUUUUUUUGGUUCGACUACCAUUUUUUUCGUAUUUUUGUAAAUAAAGAAAUUACAUGUAUCUUGCUCUGUUCAUAUCUAUCAUUUGUAAAUUUGAUUUCACAUUAUAAAGUGUGCUUCACAUAA